AUGGAAAAGAAAAGUAGUUAUAAAACGGUGUUAUUAGGAGAAUCAUCAGUGGGAAAAUCAAGCAUAGUUUUACGUUUAACGAAAGAUACAUUUCACGAUAACACGAACACAACAAUAGGUGCCUCAUUCUGCACAUAUGUUGUUAACAUGAACGAAUUAAAAAUGAAAAGUACUAACAAAGUCGUUAGCAGUAACAGCAGCAACAACAUUAAUGUUAACAACAACAGUAAUAACAACUUUACAUUGAAUAAUGAAAACUUUAAAACCAACGAGAGUUUAUGUAAUAUAAAAUUUGAUAUAUGGGACACAGCUGGACAGGAAAGAUACGCAAGUAUUGUCCCCUUAUACUAUAGAGGUGCCACUUGCGCCAUAGUAGUUUUUGACAUUAGCAAUUCAAAUAGCUUAGAUAGGGCUAAAACGUGGGUAAACCAAUUAAAAAUUAGUAGUAAUUACAUUAUAAUUUUGGUUGCUAAUAAAAUAGAUAAGAAUAAAUUUCAAGUAGAUAUGUUAGAUGUGCAGAAGUAUGCUCAAGAAAAUAAUUUGCUCUUUAUUCAGACAAGCGCCAAAACAGGGGCGAAUAUAAAAAAUAUUUUUUAUAUGCUUGCAGAAGAAAUAUAUAAAAAUAUUAUUAAUAAUAAAAGUAAUGUAAACAAUAAAGCUGAGAAUAGCAACCUAAUAAACCUAGAUAGUGAAAAACAUUCCAAGAAAAGCUGCUGUUAG